ACUCUAUCUCUCGCAAGAUGGCGGCCCUCCUUUGGCUGACGCUUUGCGGGUCGGCGACGUUAACGCUGCUGCUGCUUCUCCUGUUACUAUGGCAACGGCAGCGGCCUGCUGGUUCCGAGGACCGCGUGGCGGUGGUGGUGCUGGGCGACCUGGGCCGCAGCCCCCGCAUGCAGUACCACGCCCUGUCGCUGGCCCGCCGCGGCCGCCGCGUCGACUUUAUCGGGUACCCGGGUGAGUCCGAGGUGCUGAGGCUUUUCCGAGCCUGGAAGCCACGCCUCCUACUGCCUUGCUACAACCCCUCGUUCCAAAAGAUGUCCGAGGGCUUUUGCGCUUUCCUUUGGUUCGAUGAAAUGCACUCCACAUAUGCUCAGAGGCACUCUUGCACUACAUUGUUAUUUUUAACAGCAUACCGCUAAGGUAUGCAGCCGGGGAUCUUGCGGACCCUCAUUGCAGAGUUGUGCGGGACCUUAAGCGUUGCGAAAGGUACUCUGCAUAUGUUUAGAUGCACUCUUGCACGGCAGUGUUGUUGUUGUUGUUAUUAACAGAACAUGCUGUUAAUGUAGCCAGCCAUGCAUCUUAUUAAUAUUUUUUUGCUAACCCAUGUUCCAGGUAUGUGAGAGAGUUUAAGUGCUUGGGGAAGAAGGGGCACUCUUCAUAUGCUCAGAGGCAACCAUUUAGAGAGGGCUUCCUUUAAAGUGUUCCGGAGAAAGGCUUUCUGUAUAUGCUCAAGAGUCAUAAUUCACAGCAUGUCUCCAGGGGCUGAAAGCUCUGACUUUAAGAACAGCCGCUGCCCCCACAUUUAAGUACUCCUGGACAACCACAUGCCCUCAUGCUUUUCUGCUCAGGAAAUUUAGAAGUAUGAUUUGAAUGGUGUUGUAACAAGGAUUGGGAAUGUGUAGCCCUCCAGAUGGCCUUAGACUCCAACUCCCAUCAGCUUCACUCCAUGGCUAACAAUGAAGGAUAAUGGGAGUUGGAGUCCAAUGUCAUCUGAAGGCCUACAGGUUCCCCACUACUUCAACAGUAGGUGUCCUUUUAAACUGCCAUAGGUAUACACUGAAUUAUCCUAAUAUGUGUAUAGGUUUUUGCCCCCAGAACAUUGCUGGCUUAUAUACUGAAUUCAUAUUUGCUGUUCCCACUUAAUUUGCUUUCACAUUCUGUUCUGUUUAUGUAUGUGCUGGAUGGAUUCUCUUAAUUGUUUACUUUUCUUUCAGGCACAAAGCCACACAGCGAGAUUAUACGUAAUGGAAACAUACAGAUUGUUCAUAUCUCUGAGCUCAAAAUUUGGCAAGGUAUGGUGAACAUUGCAGUAUUUGGAGGUUUUUUUUGUUUUGUUUUUUUAAAGGAUGCACCAGUUUUUAAAUCAAGGCUCCUUUGACAGAAAAAAAUGCAUUUUUUUUUGCUAUUUUGUAUUUUAAACAUAUUGUGUAACUUGUGUUUAAUGUUUGUUAUUGGUAUUUUUAAUGAACUUAUUGUAAACAUCUUUCCGUGUUUUAUUAUGUGUGUUGCAACUCUGAUGACUGUUUAUUUCCUCUUGUAGUUGGGCCAAAGAUGUUCCAGUAUAUCGCAAAAGUCAUUUUACAGAGCAUCCAACUAUUGUAUACAAUGCUGAGGAUAGCUAAACCAAACUAUGUACUUCUCCAGGUAAAUAUGCGUCAUGAGAACUAUAUACAGUUUUUGUGUCUCCUAGGUCUGUUUAAAACAUACCACUUUUAAAGCAGUGGCAGUUGGGAAAUGUUUUAGUUAAAGUGUGUUUUAAGUUGGAUACUAUAUUUGGAAUAUUGAUACACAUAUGCUUUGUCUGCAGUAGUCCAAGGUUUGUGUUUAGAGCAGAUUCUUACAUUUUUGCCUUUACUUUUUAACUUGGGUAGCGGCCUGUUAUUAUAUAAUCACAAGCAAACAUCAUUAGGUGAUGGUGAAUACUGUAAGAACAGGUUGCUGGACUAGAUGGGUCUUUUGGUCUUAGCCUGCCAGCAGAAGGAUAACAAUGAAGCAGCCAGCCUAACCUUUCUUGGGAGGGAAUUCCACAAAAUGGUUUUGAUGUUCAUGGGACUGAGAGAAGGUGCUCACCUGAGACUCUUAGCACCCAAACAUCCUAAAGAAUCUUGGGAACUGUAAUUUGUUAAAGGGACUGGGAAUUCAAUCUCUGUGAGUGUUGAACUACAGUUCUCAAGAUUCUUAGGGGGAAGCCAUGUGCUUUAAAUGUCUGGUGUUGAUAUGACCUAUGGCACUGAGAUAAAGGCUUUGGGGAAAAUGAGACGUAUGAGGAAAUAUUUGAAGGGUAGGGGAAGAGAGAUGUGGCAUUCUGGGUAGGAGUUAAAGGCCCAGACAGAGGAAGAAAGCAAGAGCUCUUAUUCUCUGGUAUUGCACUAUCUCUUGCUUUCUGAAACAGACUCUCUUUCUCUUCAUUUUUAUGACCAGAAUCCUCCAGGUCUGCCCAGCAUAGCUGUUACCUGGGUGGCUUGUCUUCUAAGAAGCAGCAAGCUCAUCAUCGAUUGGCACAACUACGGCUAUACCAUAAUGAGCCUCACACAUGGAAAGAGGCACCCUGUUGUCCGGAUUGCUAAGUGGUUUGUACAACAGCUGUUUAUAGUUUAUUAGACACCGUUGGCCAAGUCGUCAGUGAACCAUGGGGAUUAUUCAUUUUUUUAUAUGUGUGUGUGCACACGCACGUGUAUUUAUGUAGGUUUAUCUGUAUAACCACCCUGGGAGGCAGUUUAGGCUGAGAUUUGGUGAUUGGCACAAGGUGACUUCUUGACAGUGGGCAUUUGAACCAUGGCAGAGUGAGACCUUCCUCAUCCGAUAGUAGCCACUGCACCACACUCCCUCGUAAUGCUCCUUUGUGAGUAUUUCAGAAGCGCUAGAAACUUGAUGAAAUAUUUGUACAUCCAUUAGCAACUGGCCUCAUACAGUGCAUUGCUGAAUGUGAAUACAGUACGAUCACAUCUUACAUGCGGUUAACUGGCAGCCAUAUACGUGGUUGAAGGCAGACUGGUUGAAAAUGCACAAGUUAAAUCCAAGCAAGGCAAAGAGCUUAAAAGCUCUUUUUGUGCUAGAUCCACUUGGGUUACCUGGCAUGAAAAGAGCUUUGUAAGCUCUCCACCUUGCUUGCUGGGCAAGGCUAGCUCAGCAUGCGAACUCUGGGAGUAUUGGAGAUUCUCUCUCCCCUGCUAGCCACAGGGGUGGCUCCAAGAGUUUGGAUAUACACUGUUGUUGUGUAUACGUAGAACCCUUUGAACCGAACCCCUGCUUAAGAUGCAGUUGUCCUGUAUUUAGGUAAACAGGACAGGUUUGCUAUAUUUGAACAUGUUAUCAUAUUGAUUUUGAUUUUAUUAGUCACAUACUAGAAUAGUCACUGGCUUAUAUAGAAUGUGGAUAAAAUUGUUGGUGUGUAUCUCUUGUGAUAACAAAUGUGGGCCCUGCUCCAGGUAAAGCUAGUCAUGCCUAUGGCUGCCAUCUUAUAUGCAGUGGGCUGCAUCUGGACUAAGUUAAUUGAACAUGGGUUCCAUGGAAAUCAAUGUGAAAACUUCAGGCCACAGCAAGACUUAAAUCUCAAUUAUUUCAGUGGGAAUUUCAUGCAGUUAAUAUAGUCUGGAUCCAGCGCUCUCAGUGGAGCUUACUUCUGAGUAGUUAUUCAUAGGGUAAUAGCAUAAAAGCUGCUGAAAAUGGUUAUCCCUGUUUUGAGAUGGAGUUGGGCCAUUAUGUUAUGUGGUGGGCAACUUUUUAGGUUUGAAGUUAUUCUCAGGUUUUUUUUUUAGUGUGUGAGACCACUGAAUUCCCAGGUUAUGAGGAAUUGUGUAUAGGAAAUACAUGAACAUAUAUUGCAUUUUUGUGGUUUAAAUGGAUUUGAGAAAUGAAGGAAAGCAUAUGAUUUUGCUUUAUUUUUUAAAAAAGGCAUUGCAACCGGGGAAGAAACUUAUAUUCCCACGAAAGCAUCUGAGAUGGGUUAGUAGAACCAGUAUUUAGUAACUGAUGGACAUUCAAUUUAUUUCAGGUAUGAAGAAUUCUUUGGGCGUCUGUCUGACUAUAACAUUUGUGUGACUAACUCAAUGAAAGAGGAUCUUCUGGUGAACUGUAACAUCAGGUAAAUGAGUAGCUCACAAUCGGCUCUACCAAAUGAGUUGUGUGUGUUGCAAGGACCUUUACUAGACCAUAUAGAAAUAUCCAGCAGAGCCAGUGGAAUAUUAACAAUAUUGUUAAUAUUAACAAUUAACUAAAAUGUAACUUAUAUAUAAUAUUAAUGUAUUGUUAAUAUUGGUAUUUUUUGUCUUUGCAAAUUGCUUUCAACCUUAUUGUAUUGGAAAACAGCAUAUGAAAGUAUGCAUAUCAUAAGAACAAAUGGGAGAGCAGGGUCACUUCCUCCAGCACUUGGAAUGAUAGGUUUACUGAGGGGCCUACAGAGGUUUAGCCCAAAGUGCUUCGCCUCAACCCCUGGGAUCUUGCACCACAAAAUCACAGUAUGCAGAUUGGUCCUAGCUGCAUUAGCCUACUCAGAUGUGAUGCCCAGUGUGUGAAUAUCAAGUAUGGAUGAAGCCUCAAGUGCUCUCACCACAUGUACCCUUUCUCUUCUCUAACAUAACAUCUGCCCAUAGUUUUCCUGCCUUAAUUUUGUGUAAAAAUAUUUCCAGGGCACUUCUAUAGUACCUUUUUACAUUCACUGAUUUUUUAUAUAUAUAUUAAUAUUUUAUUAAGAUAAUUUCAGUUGGAAGAAAUAAAGUGAAGAGAAAAACAAAGAAAGAAAGCAAAACAUAAAGAAUACAAUAAGAAAAAAAGAUAAAAUAAGCUAAAUAUAGCGUAGCUACAUUUCCAUACAUUAUUAUAUAGAUAUAUAAGUAAUAUUAUUGUCAUUUUGGCUAAGAUCAAGUAUAGUAUCUGAUUUAUAUCUUUAUUGUUUUGACUCCUGGGCCCCUUUGCGUUGCAGAGCGACAACCCUCUAUGACAAGCCAGCAUCUUUCUUCAAGGAAACGCCAUUGAUCGAUCAGCAUAAGUUGUUCAUGAAACUAGCCAAAGAAUAUGCUCCGUUUAAAGGCCAACUUGUGUAAGUUAAAAUGUGCUGUUGUAUACACUCCUACCUAGUUUGGAACUGGCGUGCUUAAGAACACAGGAGGAGCCUUCUGGAUCAGGCCAGUGGCUCAACUAGUCCAGCAUCCUGUUCUCAGAGUGGCCAACUAGAUGCUUGUGGGCAAACCUCAAACAGAACCUGAGCACAAGAUCCCUCUGCCUUCCUGUGGUUUCCAGCAACUGGUAUACAAAAGCAUUACUGCCACCAAACUAUAGAGGCAGAGCAUAGCCAUUGUGGCUGGUAGCCAUGGAUGGCCUUUUCCUCCAUUAAUAUGCCAAACUCCUCUUUUAAAGCCUUCUAAGUUGGCCAUCAAUGGGACGUGGGUGGCGCUGUGGUCUAAACCACAGAGCCUAGGGCUGGCUGAAAUCCCUGCGACUGGGUGAGCUCCCGUUGUUCAGCCCCAGCUCCUGCCCACCUAUCAGUUUGAAAGCACGUCAAGUGCAAGUAGAUAAAUAGGUACCACUCUGGCGGGAAGGUAAAUGGCAUUUCCGUGCACUGCUCUUGUUCACCAGAAGCGGCUUAGUCAUGCUGGCCACAUGACCCAGAAGCUGUCUGUGGACAAAAGCCAGCUCCCUCGGCCUAUAGAGCGAGAUGAGCGCUGCAACCCCAGAGUCGUCUGCGACUGGACCUAACGGUCAGGGGUACCUUUACCUUUACAUUAGCCAUCACUGCCUGCCGUGGGAAUGAGUUCCAUAAUUUAACUAUGCUCUGCAUGAGUUAGUAACAAUGCUUUGUGUUCAUUUGGUACCAAGGCAGCUUGGUUAAAUACUAAUGGGUUGAGGAGCUUAGUAGGGAACUUUGAGAAGGGAUAAAUAUUGACAACAUCUCCUGCCUAAAUAUGGAGCUGACCUUUAUGGCUUCCAUUAAUCUGAUUUUGGGAGCUAUAAUGUUUGGUUUGGCGCGUGUGCUUUUGCUGAUCACACAUGUUCUUUGAAGGUUAGUCUUCAGAAUCCUGUUUCUCCUUAGAGCAGAGUCCAGCCUCCCAGGUGAUGUUGAGAAAACUGCCUUUACACAACUAGACACCAGGAGCGGAAACGUGAUGCACUGCAUGGGCCGGCCAGCUCUCCUCAUCAGCAGCACCAGCUGGACAGGUCUUGGCCCUAUACCAUUGUCUGUGUAUCUUUCCAUACAGUAUGCUUGAGAUGCUUGCACAUGAAGCUGUAAAAUAGGGAUGCAGAACCUCAGGUCCAGGGCCAAAUGCAACCCUCCAGGUCUCUUUGCCUGGCCCUUGGGACUCUCCAUAGGCCACACCCCCUCCUAAGCCACACCUCUCACCAGCCCUACUUCAUAUGCUUAGGUGUUUUGGCCUGGCUGGAAUGUGCCCUUGAACCUCUGAUAAUGCUUCUUGCUUGUCUGGAUGGAGAGGGGUUUGUGAGUAGAAACUAGCCUAUCGUAGAAAGUUAAAAUUCACAUUUGCAGCUCCCAUCACUUUUGCCUCUAGCCCUGCCCACCACUGCAGUGUUUCCUCUAGAAGGAAAUGCUGCCUUUGGGCUGGAAAGGUGUCCCACUCCCGCUGUAAGACUUUGCACUAACUGUAUACCAAGAGAAGUGGCAAGUACUUGAGCAGAGAAUACUUCAAGAUUGCUUGGAAUUCUUUUUUAAAAAAUUAGUGGAAGUACAGGUGACCAAUUAACAAAUUGGCAACAUAAUCAUGGUUGCUAACAGUAGCUGAUUGCCUCCCACUUCCAAGGAGAGGAUAAUUUUCAUGUCCCUCUUUCCUUGGAUUUCUGAUCAUGUAUGGCUGUGUUGAAAAAUAUAAUCUCAUCAUGUGGGCAAGAACUGUGAACAUAAAUCUCCACAUGAAGAGUGUAACAUAAACAUUGUCUUGAUUUGUACUAGAAUUUCUCCAAAAACUGUCAGGCCACUAACUUUUCAACAGCCUUUCUCUUUCCCUUCAUUCCACAAUUGAUGUUGCUUGGUUUUCACUGUCUACUUGCAAAUGUUUGGAAAAUAUUUGUUUCAUUAGCAAUUAUUAAUUGAGUUUUAAUUAAUGUUUGAAGUUUAUGAAGCAGUUUUGAAAUUGACAGGAUGAAAUAAGUGACCUGGAGCACAUGGCAGCCUAAUAUAAACUGGGUUUAUUUUUUUAUUUAUGUCAGAGCUUCAUUCUUUUCCCUAGUAAAAGUAACAGAGCUGAUCCUAGGACUAGGCAGGGUAAGAUGGAAUAUUUUGGGGGAGUACAAUUUAUUUAGGAUUACAGUAUAUGGUUGGGAGACUCUUUGAGUCUUCUCCCUUAGGCACCAAAAUAUAUUGGGAUCAUCUGUGUGUAAAGUUUGUAGACAGUCAUUUUAUGUAUUUAAAGCAUUUUUACUCUUUCAGUCAAAAUGGCUCCCAGAGCUGCUUAUAGAUCAACAAAAAGCAAAUGAAUUCCUGCCCUCAGGUUUCCACUCAAGACACAAAAGCUAAAAAGGAUGGGGAGGGAAGAUGAAAAUGAGAAAUCUCAGGCAGCAGUUUCUUAAAGGUUACAAAGUUCUUAUAAUGGCAAAACAGUUCAGUUAGCUUCUGUUGGGAGACAGUUGUGGAAGAGCCAAAGGCUCUCAGCAGAGCCAGUGGAAUAGUAAAAAUGCCUUAAGAAAUCCAGCAAAUGCACAAGGCAUUUGGAGUUGAUUUCAGAGUUGGUCUCAGUGGGCUUAAACAUGUCUAAUGCCAGCACAGAAUACAUUGCUAUUUGAAUGAAUGUGACAAAUACAGAAGAGAUUACUUUAGCUGCAUGUCUUCUAGCUGCUGUGAGCCCCUUUGGCUGUACAAGAGAGAAGCACCGUGUUGAUUGCCUCAUUUGCUCUACGUUAUACAGUUGCUACAGAGACAGCACUCAAAAGCCAAAUUGCUUUAGGUGAAACCAGAGUUAUUACUGUGAUUCUUGUAUAUUAACUGCAAACUUUUUCUCCCUUUUCUAGAAGAUGAAGAUUUUUCCAUCCUAUUAAGAGCUUUAGAAGGUGGGUUAUUAAGGGAGCAUUCUGUCUUUCUUAACAAGCAAACCUGGAUCCACUGCUGUCACUGGAGGCACAGGCGGCCUCAGCAGUGUGGGCUGCCCAUAAUUUGAGUUGAUCUGGCCCUCCUGCCGAAAGUGAUUCCCCAUCCCUGCAUUAGCGGAAUUGGCAACUGGAUCAGAGAGCAGGAACUGUGGUCUAUCCUCUUCCUUUCUUCACUUGCUGGGAACAGUGUACUAUUAGGUGGCUAAGACUGAGAAGGGUAUUUUGAGCAGCGGGGGAAAGACGUUUGCAUAGGCGAACACACCUCCUUGAAUGCUAAUAAGCAGAACUCAGCUGUGGUUACCCCCUACUGCAACCAAAGCUAUUGUUGCCUCAGUCCUGUGAACCUCAACCUCCCACUUCUCCUGCCCACAGCUGCAAAAAGAAAAGGGGGGACUGGAGAGAAAAGCAGUGGCAGCUGCAGGCUCUUCUACCCUGGCAGAGCAUCUUUCUCAGCAGAGGACUGGGACCAGCAGGUCCAACAUGUCUAUCAGAAAAAGCGAGAGCUGUGAGAGCACCAAGGAAAAGGCCCCCAUCAGAGAACAGGCGUGUUCUCUGAUGGGGAACAGUUCUCUUUGCAUUGCCACAUGUGUUCUGUGCAUAUCUGGGAUUCAGAUGUUGGCUACAAAGUCUCCUUUUGCGCCACUCUUGACUUAAAAUACUCUUUUAUCAAGGCAUCCUGAAAACUUGGUUAUAGGGUGGCAUCUAGAUGCCUAAACUAAAAAAUAGGUAGCAACUACAAGGGUGCCCACUCCCGCCCCCGCCCCCAUUCUCCUAUUGGUGCAGAUUCACUUUGUAGAUCUGUCUACAAACAAUCUUGGCUGUAAGACUGUAGCUCUUCCCACCUCAGUCUUCCUGCUUGCUGUAGAAAUCCCAAACUUGUUAAAAAGAAAAAAAGUUGCCUUUUGUAGCCUCUCACUUUUCUCCAGUGAUGGUUUUGGGAAAGUCACAACUCCUACUGUUUGUUUUGUCGCACAGAAUAUGAACGCUAUCUCAGCGAUGGAGCAAAGCUUCCUCCUCUUGUGUGUGUGAUAACAGGUAGCAGCUUUUAUUUUAUUUUUUAAAUGAUAUUUAUUAAAAUUUCAGAAACAAAAAAUUACGUAGUUAAAAAUAAAAAAAGACAAAGAAAAAUACAGAAAAAAAGGAGAAAAAACAUACAAAAUACAAAGUAUAGAAAUUUUUUUUGGAAAGAACACUUAAAAACAAAUUAAUCCUUCCGUAUCUUACAUUUCAUUUCCUUGCUUCUCUGACCUCCUCUCACCUCCCUUUUUUGUAUUCCAAUUCAAUUGGUUAAUUCAGCAAUUCCUUUCCCUCUUUGUUUUUAUCUUAGUCCUUUAACUUAAUAUAUUAUAGCUUUAGAUUCUCACCUAUUAACCAUCCAUUUUUGCAUACACCUUUAUGACAUUGCUGCUAAAACCACUUAACUUCAUUCUAACAUCAUUCUAACAUUCAUUAAUUUUACAAUAUUUCUGUAAGUAGUCUUUAAAUUUCUUCCAAUCUUCUUCCACCGACUCUUCACCCUGGUCUCAGAUUCAGGUAGCAGCUUUUAAAUCAUUUGUCUUCUUUUCAUCUUAUGUAUUCAUACUGGGAAACCCAUUUUCCCCACCACCACUGAAGAAGCAAGGAAGUUUCUGUGAGCUCCAGAGCUCUCUGUGUGUCGAGUGCAUUAGUGAAGACCCUGCUUUCAUUUUUGUAUUUGGUUUGUGCCUUAAGCAGCUUGCCCCAAGUUGGCAUGGUGUCAGCCCCCCCCCCCCCCGGGAGAACUAUAUAAUUGUUACAUUUACAUCCUACCUUUCCUCCAAGGAACUCCAGGUGGCAUGUUUCUCCUCCCUCUGUGCUUUAUUUUGGCUACAGUCCUGUGCUAGACUGAGAGACUGAGAGUGGCUCAAAGUCACCCAGUGUGCUCCAAGGCUGAGCAGCGAUUUUGACUCUGUUCUCCCAGCUCAUAGCCUGACAUUCUAUAACCAUGGCACCACGCUGGUUCUGGGCAUUCAAAUGAAAUCUUUCCCAGAGGAUGAUAACUCUCACAAUGCGCCCUUUUGGAUCAGCAGCAAACCGUUUUGUUCAUUCUCUUUCAUUUAAAAAGGCAAAGGGCCUUUGAAGGAAUAUUACAACAUGCUGAUUGCAGAGCUGCAUUUCAAGCAUAUCCAGAUCCUCACUCCCUGGCUGGAAGCAGAGGAUUACCCCCUUCUGCUCGGUAAGGAAGAUCUUCGAAUUUACCAGUGUGCUUCAAUGUGUCAUUUUGAAAAUUUACAGGAGCAGACUCAUGAGAUCUUCGGGGUAUAGGAUAGUGGUCCAUUGCAGGACUGUGAUAGCAGAACCUUCUAUUGAAUAAUAGAAUAAUAGAAUUCUCGAGUUGUAAGGGACCCCAAGGGUCAUCUAGUCCAACCCCUUGCACUGCAGGAAUCCUGCCCACAGCCAUCCCUGGGUGGGCUUGAACCACCAACCUUCUGGUUAACAGCCAGAUGCCCCGACCCACUUGAAAUGGGUCCUUUGAAGCAGGAGAGGAACUUGCACGCUUUCCUCCCUUUUCUUCUCCACAAGGGUGCUGACUGGCAGGGCAGAGGGAAAACAAGAUGGCGGUGAUAUAUACAAAUUGACUAAGGUAACGAACUGCCUCUUCAGCAUACAAUGGAAGCUACAUAAUGGAAGGCACCAGAAUUACCUCUGCAGUGGGGGGAAGUAUCUCACAGCAUGGAGGCUGCCAAUGAGAAUGGCUUCCCCCAGGCCACCACUCCUAGAAGCUCCAAGGGUAGUGGAACUACAAAGAAGGCCCCUCUCUGCUGAUCUUGGCACCUGAGAUGAUCUGGGGGGAAGAAGAGGUCAGUAGAGAGGGUCUUGUAUUCUGGCUCAGGUUCCUAAGUGACCUGGGCUUGGGAAUGUUUGAGCGACAGUGAAACAGUUUCAAGUGAGUACUAUUCAAGAGCUGGUGUACAAUUCCUGCAUGCCUCAUUUUAACUGCCCCACAAACUCCUCCUUGGCAGGCCUCAUUACCACCUGAUUUGUAUACCUCUUUUUUUUUUCAGUGGCAACAAGCCAUCCAUUACUUGAGCAGCUACAAAAAAACCCAAACUCAUUUGCAGAAUGUACUCAAUGGGGGGUUGGUUUCUCUUACAGGCUCAGCUGACUUGGGCGUCUGUCUCCAUAUGUCCUCUAGUGGCUUGGACCUACCUAUGAAGGUCGUGGACAUGUUUGGCUGCUGCUUGCCUGUGUGUGCAGUGCACUUCCAGUGGUAAGAGCACGCCUGUGUGUUUCAGCAUCUCAAAAGAACCUGGUGUUAGACCAUUGGUCCAUCUAGUGCAGUACAGUCAUACCUUGGGUUGAAUACGCUUCUAGUUGAGCACGUUCGAGUUGUGUUCCACGGCAACCUGGAAGUAACGGAGCGCGUUACUUCCGGGUUUUGCCACAUGCGCAUGCACAGACGCUCAAAAUGACGUCACAUGCAUAAGUGGCGAAAAGCGACGUGCAUGUGCGCAGACGUGCCGUCGCUAGUUACAUUUGCUUAUAGAUGCGAACAGGGCUCCGGAACGGAUCGCGUUCGUAUUUAGAGGUACCACUGUAAUGUUUACACUGGCAGGCAGCACCUCUCAGGGGUUUCAGGCAGGGAGUCUUUCCCAGCCCUGCCUGGGGAUAAUGGGAUUUGAAGCUGAGACCUUCUGCAUGCAAAGCAGAUGCUCUACCGAUGAGUUACAGCUCUUCCCCCAUCUUGUGUAUCCCCUGUUGGUUAACCCAUCUCUUUAUUCUUUGAGAUCUCCAUUUGUUUAUUAUUAUUGGUGGUGGUUGUUACUACAAAUGGACCCUGCAACAAAAAGUUGCAGAAUGCUCUUGUUCAGGCUGCAGCCAGUCUAGAGCUCCCUGCAGAUUCCUCUGAUUUUUUUAUACUCCCUAGCAGCUCCCAGGUCCUUGUCAGCUCCUUUUAGUUAGAAAUAAUUGGGAAACUAUUGUUUUUAUUUUAAUUUGGAAAUCUUGCUGUGCUUUUCUGUGCUGUGUUUGGGGCUGAUAUGGUCCAAAAUAUCUGGAAGGCACCAGGCUGGUGCAUUAAUGUGGUAUGUUAACUGUUAACCCGCUCCCACACUGAAGAAAACAACUUUGAGAUUCUUUCUAGUGCUGUUUUGCUUAUUUUUGCAGUAUACAUGAACUUGUGAAGCAUGAAGUAAAUGGCUUGGUGUUCCGGGACUCAAGCGAACUUGCAGAGCAACUGAAGGUAACUUAGAAAAAGAGAAUUUUGACUUGCUGAUGGGGCUCAUUGAGCAUACAUUGCUCUGGAAACAUCAAGGAAGCUGGAUGUUUUGGUGGCAGGAGGGAAGUUUCAUCUUUGAAUGCUGCUUCAUAGUUUAAAAACAAAAACUUCCUGAACAUAGAAAAUUAGGAGAAAUAUAUAAGCUAACAUUCUCCCUGAAGCACUAGCUUUCUAUGUGCAGGGAGUUGCUUUUAAAUAAGUGGAAAGGGACAUUCAUUCAUUCUCUCUCUCUCUCUCUCUCUCUCUCUCUCUCUCUCGUGCAUAUGUUGUCCUUUUAACAAUAUAUAGCUUUAUUUUUUUAUUAAGGAUUUUCCAGUAUAUGGAAUGCUAAGCAUAUAAUCAAUUUUCUUAAAGGAAAAAAAAAUCAAGCACAACCAAUUUAGUUAGGAUGCAUAGAGUAUAGAAUUGCAACCCCCCCAAGCCCUUCAUUAUUUUCUCAGUAGGUCAGCAAGAUUUCAUAAUGAUCUGGCAUGGGUUAGGUUAUUGAAUCUUGGAAUACAUAGUUCUGACUAUAAUUUACUUGCGUAAACAGUUCUUUGAUAAUCCCAGGGACUUGUCACAUUAUUACUGUUCAUGUGCCAAUUUUGAAGGUGGUACUUUUCUAGUGAGACAUCAGUUUGUUUGUUGAGGAAGCAAUUGAUUCAAUGUAGUUUUAUCUGGGAAAAAUACCUGUAUCUUUCCAUAAUUGCAGGUAUAGAAAGUAGAAUAUUUUUCCAUUUUCCUGUAUACUGCAUUAAUCUGUUUCACUCACUCUUUCUAACCUUGCAGAUGCUUUUCUUGGAUUAUUCUUCUGUAGAAGGCAAGCUCAAUUUAUUCCGAAGGAAUCUUUGCACAACCAAGCAGCUGCGGUGGGAUGAAAGUUGGGAGCAGACAGUGCUUCCUCUUUUUAGCAGCAGUUAAGCUGAUACGACUUCGAAGUUAAUUUAUAACUUGCACAUUCUCAAAAACUGGAACACCACAAGCAUGUUUGUAUAUCAAAAAUUCUUUUUACAAAAGAAAAAGUCAUUUUAUAUGGUGAAUAAAAAGUUUUAUCUGGAGCUUCAUUAUAGGCUUAUGCAAUUUUCCCACCUUUUUCUCUUAAUUUCUAUGCUGUGGACAGAGCCAAUGUUGUUUUGUAUCUACUUACUGCUUCACUGUUGUUUUUUAAAUGCAGUUACGAAGUAGGUUGUGGUGCCUUUGGUUAUUGUUGCCUAAGUUGCAAGCUGGUAAUUCCCUAUUUGAAGUGGAAACAUGUUACUGUGACUCUUGAAAAGUACCUAUAUAACAUCUUCACGUUCAAAGGAGAUAUCAUACUGUGAUGUGUGUUAUGUGUUUCCUACCUCACUUUAUAACUGGUAUUUGAACAUGAAAUGGAGAAUUUUACCCAGAACAUGCAAGGUCUGAAACCUUAAACUCCAAGGUCUAUGUUGUGUUACAAGUACAUUUAGCAUUUUCCUCCUCCCUCUGAAAAGGGGUCAUGCUGGCAUUUGGAUUUCAUGUUUUAAACAAUGCCUUGAGUGUUCAAUCAUAUUUCAUUUUGGGAUCUCUUUGUUCAGGGUAGACAUUUGUAUUGCAAGCAAAAGGACCAAACAGGCUUGGCUGAUGAAAUAGUAGGACUUGGAGAUCUUGGCUCAAGGUGGAAAGAAGCUUUGCCUCUGUUCAAGCUUUGCCUCGUUUAAACCUUGGCCAUUUUGCUUCGUCCUAAGACUCUCAUCAAGGCUUCUUUGACAUCUUUAUUGCGCAGGCUGUAUAUGAUCGGGUUUAUCAUGGGGUUGAUGAUAGUAUAGAAGACCGAGAUGGCCUUGUCCUCUUCUGGCGUGCGCUGCCCCUUCGACCUCAUAUACAUGAGCAUGGCAGUCGUGUAGAAGAUAGUCACCACUGUCAGGUGCGCUGAGCAGGUGGAGAAAGCUUUCUGCCUGCUGUCGGCAGAGGCGAGUCGCAGUAUGGCAAUAAUGAUGCGUACGUAAGAGAGUACGAUCAAGAGAAAGGGGAUGAUCUCCGUCGCUAUGCCCCCCAUGUACAUUGCACUCUCGCUCACAGAGGUGUCAGCGCACACCAGCUGAAGCAUGGCUGGGACUUCGCAGAAAUAGUGGUCAAUGACAUUGGAGCCGCAGAGAGGGAGCUUGAGGACGAAGAGUGGAACCACUGACCCCAGGAAGGUGCUGAGCCAAGACCCAGCAGCCAUGCCAAUACAAACCGAUUUGUUCAUUAGAACAGAGUAGCGCAACGGGUGGCAGAUGGCGACGUACCGGUCGAUCGCCAUCACGGCAAGGAAGAUGCAUUCUGCCGCCCCUAGGAACAGCGUGAUAUACAUCUGAGCCUCACACAACUCGGCUGAGAUGGACUUCCUUGUCACCAAGAAGUUCAUGAGCAUUUUGGGGACAACGGCCGAAGUGCAAAUGAUAUUCAAGACUGCCAGGUUGCAGAGGAAGAAGUACAUGGGCAUUUGAAGGUGGGGAUCCAGGCUGGUCAAAGUGAUUACAGCAAUAUUUCCAAUCAGAGUUACGGUGUAGAUCACAAGGAAUAUAAUGAAGAGGAAGACUUGGGCCAGUGGGGAGAAAGGGAACCCCAAGAGAACAAAUUCUGUGAUGACGGUUAUGUUUUUCAUUUCUAUACUUUUCUGUAGGAAGAACAAUAGUGGUUUAGUGGUCAAAAGUGCAAGAACUCAUCUUGACAGCCCCUAUAAGCUAUGCCCAUGAAGAGAGUCUACACACACUUGCAUCCCAUAGCAGCAAUACAUAGCAUAAUACCCAGUUGAUUAGGAUUGGCACAUCUGCAGUCCAAUGCAAAGAUACCUAGUAGUCAUUUCCGUCAAUCUCAUUUCUGACUUCUCAAAACGCAUUGCGAUCUUAACCCUGCUGAAAUGCCAUCUUCAGCUUUCAAUUAGAAAUGGAAACUAUUGUUGCAACUAAGUGCCUGCAUUUAAACUGCUGUCAAUGGGAAAAAGAAAUAGAGAACCAUACCACUUUAUUUUCCUCAUUCUCUGACUACCUCUCUGAGUUAAAUCUGUUGCCCUUCAGAUGUUGCUGAAUUACUGUUUCCAUCCUCCCUGACCACUGGCCAGGCUGGCUGGGACUGAUGGGAGUCACGAGUCCAACAACACCUAGGGGGCCACAAGUUGCCACAACCUGCCCUACAUGCUGUGACAGACCAGCCAACGCACUUCUGUUUCUUUCAACUGGGUUUGCUCCCCCUGCUGUUUGAGAUCCCUUUUAACAGGAGAUGGUUGAGACUGUACCUGUGACCUUCUGUCUCAGAGCUCUGUAGCUCCCUGUUAUGCCAAGAUGGGAUGCAUCAUUUAACUUCCACCGACAAUAGAUUGCAGAACUGUUUUGUCCCCCAAUCGCUCACCUUUUUAAUUUGUUUUAAAAUAAAUGUGUUUCUUAUAUUUUUUUAAAAAA